GUGGGCCUUUGGAUUGCCAAAGCAUCGGCUUUACCGUCGUCCCCUACCACUCUAAUAGAGUCCAUCAAUGAGCUCAAUGUCCCAGUAUGGGUUGCCGGCACCACCACUUGGAGGCACCUCGCUAAGCGUGGCCUCUGGUGCACUGGUAUGGCCAUCAUCAUCAUCAUGACAAUCCUUAUGUAG